AUGAAACCACCAGCGCCCAGGAGACCACCGGCCCUCAGGAACCCACCGGCUCUCAGGAGCCCGACGGCCCCCGAUGAACUCACCGGCCCUCAGAAGACCACCGGCCCUCAGGAACCCACUGGCUCUCAGGAGCCCACCGGCCCCCAUGAACCCACCGGCCCUCAGGAACCCACUGGGCCCUCAGGAACCCACCGGCCCUCAGGAACCCACCAGGCCCUCAGGAACCCACCGGCCCUCAGGAACCCACUGGCCUUCAGGGAACCCACCAGGCCUUCAGGGGCCCACCAGGCCCUCAGGAACCCACCGGCCCUCAGUAACCCACCACUCCUCUGGAGACCACGGGGCCCUCUGGAACCAACCGGCCCUCUGGAGACCAGCAGGCCCUCCGGAACCAACCGGCCUUCUGGAGACCAGCAGGCCCUAAGGAGACCAACGGGCCCUCAGGAACCCACCGGCCCUAUGGAGACCAGCGAGCCCUCAGGAACCAACCGGCCCUCAGGAGUACAAUGGCCCUCAGGCACCCAAAGGCCCUCAAGAAAACCCCAGGCCCUCGGGAACCCACCGGCCCCUCCAUGA